AUGAGCUCACGGUUUAAUGAAGACACAAUAGAAGAAAUGAACGAGGAUGACGAUGAAGAUGAAUACGAGGAAGAAAGGAACGAGAGAGCUGGAGAUGGCGAAGAUGAUGAAGAUGAAGGGUUUUCGGUGCUGUCGGAUCUGCCCGUCGAGAGGAGCGAGAGACGCCCGACCUGCCGCAGAUGCUGUCGUCCGGUGAAGGUGUGUCUGUGUCCGUAUCUCCCGCCGCGUCCUCUGGACGUCUCCACGUGUCUCUACAUCGUCCAGCAUCCGGCUGAGGAGAGCCGGGUUCUGCGCACGGUUCCGCUCCUGGCGGCGUGUCUCCCUCCGGGAAAGUGCAACGUUUUCGUCGGGAGGCGUUUUUCCGAAGAGAGGUAUCCGGAGCUGGCGGCCGUGUGUAAAGACGCUCGCACUCUGCUGCUGUAUCCCGGAGCCGGCGCCGAGAACCUGGAGGAUCUGAGCGCGGAUUUCGGCGCGGCGACGGCCCACAACGUCAUCCUGAUCGACGGCACCUGGAGUCAAGCUAAAGACAUGUUCCUGAGGAACGCGCUGCUGCGGCUGCCCCGACAGGUUCAGCUCCGCAGCGCCCCCUCCAGUCAGUACGUGAUCCGCACGCAGCCCACCAACAUGUGCGUGUCGACGCUGGAGUGUGCGGCCGUCACGCUCUCCAUCGUGGAGAAGAACCACAGCAUUCAGGAGGUUCUUCUCAAACCUCUUCAGGCUCUGUGCUCGUUUCAGCUGCAGCACGGCGCCCAGAUCCACCACAGUAAAGAGCACCUCAUCAAAAACGGACAGUACAACAAGGUCAUGCCCAAAAACAAGCGCAAGAUACGCAGGAUGCAGAAACUCAUCACCAACCAGAAUAUAUGAGACUUUUAAAAUGAAACCACAGCAUAUUUUGCAGAUUCUUCUACAGCAUUGAGUUUUUUGUAGUUUUACAAAUUCGGAGCAAUAUUUACAUGAUCCUUCUGUGUGGAUGAAGCUUCAUCUGUUCGCUCUACUGUAAUAAGUUUGUUGAAUGACUGAUUUUAUUCUUGUGUGUAGAAUUAAAACUGUUGAUGAGUGACUGUG